AUGGCAAACUUUCUUGUUUCUCAGGUAUUCGUGAGUGCUCUACUGGAUGUAGUGGUGUCUAAUAAGCUGGUUGCAGAACUUGAUAGCGGACAUGGGUGUUGCAAGGAUGAAUUGACGGAGUUUGAAAGAAAGGAUGUUAAAUACUGUGAAGAUUUAAAGCACAUGAAGCAAAAGAUCAAGAAACUCGAUGAGAAAGAUGACAAGGUGUGGGAACAAUUGGUCUCCACUUGUAUUGAAACUAAUGCAUGUAUAGAUGACCUCGAGACAAUUCUUGUUCCUUUAGCACAUCAUUUGAGACCAAUGCUCCUCAAUUCAUGGAAAGAAAGAAGAAAGCCUUUCCUAAAUAUGCAGUUAUAUGAAAAAGCACUAGAUUUGUUUGAAGAUGACCAAUCAACUUCACAAUAUUGGGAAACUGGUGGUAACUGCAAUAUGGCCAUAGUAGCAGUAAGACUAGGACUUCAAUGUGUUGUAAUUGGUCAUGUUGAUGUUCUUCAUGAUGAAGGAAUUGGUACGGUUGGGAUGACUGACCUGAAUGACAAUGUUGAUAGUUCAAGUGCUGCAUAUGAGACACUUCAAUGUUGGGUUUUCGUGUACCCUUUUCAUAGACAUGCUAUUUGCAGUCGAGCAGAUUUUUGUAAAGAGCCUACAUUCAGUUGGCUGAGCAAGCUAUCUAUUGAAGUAAAGAUGGCAAUUAAGCAAUCAAAGCUCCUGUUCAGCAAUGGUUAUGGCUUUGAUGAACUAUCCCCUUGUUUGAUUAUUUCUCUGGGACAGCCAUUUUUUUUUAUCCUGGACCACGGGGGAAAGACCCGAGUGACAGGAACACCUGAAGAACAGAGAGCACUUGACAAGUUCUUGAGGAUGAGUGAUGUUCUUCGACUAACGUCUAAGGAGGCUGAAUCAUUGACUGGCAUAGGAAAUCCAAUACUGGCAGCCCAGGAGUUGCUCAGGAAAGGGGUCCGCACAAAAUGGGUGAUUGUUAAAAUGGGUGCACCUGCAUUCAAGGAUCCUGAUAAGGAGUAUAGUGGCUUCAUUUUGCACAAAGGGACAUUAUUAUUUCCUACUUCAGAAGAAAUUGAUCUUUGUUUGCAAAUGAUCAAACUAUUUAAAAUGAGUCUUGUCCUUGCUUGA